AUGGUCAACUCAACAGAACAAUCCUUCCACUCCAACCUCACCCAGUUCCGCUGGGCGCAGCAGAACGGCGGCGGCGCACAGGCGCAGGAAGCGGACGCCCCCCCGGGGCGAUUCGCGCGCUUCUACAACGCCAUUGGCGGCAGCUACAUCCCCUUGCGCUCAACAGAGCGGUCGAACGACGAGGAUGCCUACUUUGCGCUGUCCAGAUGGGAGAGAUUGCUCGGAUUUGGCGGGUGCUUGAUCGGCGCGGCGGUCUGCUUCUUCGUCGCCUUCAUUACGCUGCCGCUCCUGGCCCUGCGGCCCGCCAAGUUUGCCCUCGCCUUCAGCCUGGGGAGCCUGCUGGUCAUGUUUGGCUUCUCGGUCCUCAUCGGGCCGCUGAACCAUCUCAAGCACAUCGUCUCGAAAGAACGCCUCCCGUUCUCCAUCGCCUACCUCGCGAGCCUCGGCCUCACGCUCUACUUCGCACUCGGGGCGCAUUCAUACAUCGGCUCGCUCCUCGGCGCAAUAGUACAGGUCGUCGCGCUCAUCUCGUACGUGCUUGUCUACUUCCCCGGCGGCGUCACAACCCUUCGCUUCGGCGGGCAGAUGGCGCUCCGCGGCGCAGGCAGCCUCCUGCCCAUCUAG